GGCGCCGGGGCUGUGCAAUUUUUAUUUCCCUUUCUUUAAACACAAAAUCAGAGAGUUCUAGUUCCUAACUAGAAUUAAAAAACAAACACUUCCUCUUCUUCUUCCUCUAUAUAUAGAUGGAAAAACUUGGAAGCAAAACAUGUACUAACCAAUCUCAGCCAGGGCUUCCGAUCUGUCUGUGAUGCUUCCUCGCGUUCUCAUAGUCUCUAGGCGUAGUGUUCGCAAGAACAAGUUCGUAGAUUUCGUGGGCGAAUAUCAUCUCGAUCUUAUGGUGGGUUAUGGUGCAGUACCAGUUAUUAUACCCAGAGUUUCAGGUGUCCAUAGGUUAUUGGACAGCUUCGAACCCAUUCAUGGAGUUUUUCUCUGUGAAGGAGAAGAUAUCGAUCCUUCUCUUUACGAAAACGAAGUUUCAGGUCUUUCAGCGGAAGAGCUAGAAGAAAUCAGGAGACUUCACGCGAGCUAUACCGCAAUCGACAAAGAAAAGGACUCGAUCGAAUUGAGGCUUGCAAAGCUCUGCCUCGAAAGGAACAUACCCUAUCUGGGAAUUUGCAGAGGCUCUCAGAUUUUGAAUGUUGCAUGUGGUGGUUCACUUUAUUUCGACGUUGAGAAAGAGCUCUCCAAGAGUUGCUCAGUUGGACAAAAAGUCAAACACAUUGAUUACGAUAAUUAUGAUAGUCAUAGACAUGUUGUGAAGGUGGUGGAAAAUACUCCUUUGCAUAUUUGGUUUAAGGAUUUUUUGGAAGGAGGAAAAAUGGUGAUUUGGGUUAAUAGUUAUCAUCAUCAAGGAGUUAAAAGAUUGGCAGAGAGAUUUGUUCCAAUGGCUUUCGCUCCUGAUGGUUUAGUUGAAGGUUUUUAUGAUCCUGAUGCUUAUAAUCCUGAAGAGGGUAAGUUUAUGAUGGGGUUGCAGUUUCAUCCUGAGAGAAUGAGGAAGCCUGAUUCUGAGGAAUUUGAUUAUCCUGGUUGCCCAUCUGCUUAUCAGGAAUUUGUGAAGGCAGCCAUUGCUUAUCAGAAGAAGCUAAACAGCUCCAAAUCAGUACCAAAAGCUUUGAAGCUUGAUCAAGAAAUGGAGAAGAGGAAGAAAAUUAUAAGAAGUUUCUCACUUGCUAAGAAUAUUUACGCUACUGGUCGAGGCACACAUCUAGUUAAAGAAUCUGAGCUCGAAGUAGGAGCAGAUUGAUAUGUACCCAAUUUGGCAUAUGGGUCCUAGUCUAUAUGUAUAUGUGUAUUUUGUAUCUCUAGUUACUUUCCAUGCACAAAGGUCCAGUGUCAGUUUCUUUGUAGAAUCAGUUAACAGUAGUAGUUAAAGGUUUCUUUAUGUGCUCCUUAUUUUCUUCCAAGUAUGAGUAGUUACUUAUGGAUAGGGAAAUUGGUUUAAUCAGUACUAGUAGUUACUUAUGGAUAGGGAAGUGAGUUUAGUUUAUAAGUAUUAUGUUGACUGUAGAAGAAUCUUUGAAUGCAUGAAGUUUAUUUCUAAUCAAACUCUAUCUUUAUCUCUUUCUCUUC